AUGUCAAACUAUUAUAAAUUUUCAUCUAAUCAACAAGAAUUUUUCGAGACUCUAUAUGAAAUAACUAGUGAUGAUGAUAUUUCUAAUAUUUAUGCUAGUAACGAGUAUGAAAUUACUUGCUUAGAUGAAGAGAAGAGCUGUUCUCAAAGCUCACAAAAUCUAAAACGCAAACGAGAAGAGGAUGAUUCAAUUGACUUUGAAUCGCAAGAAAUGAAGAUAUUUCAAACAACAAGAAAGGUUUAUAAGAAACUCAAAGGUCAUUCAGAUAUUGACAAGAAUGAUUCAGAGACGCAAUUUUUGUGGUCUGAAUAUUAUCAUGUGUUUGGAAAAUUAAAUCCUUUAAGUGAAUUUGAUCGUAGUUGUGUGGGUAGAAUCUUGAAACCCAAGAAGAAAAUAAAGUUGAAACACGUGAAAAAGGUUGUUAAAGAUGAUUUAGAGGAAGGUGUUAUUGCUAAAAAUGAUAUUAGAUUUAUUGCGGGGAAUGCUGGAAUUACAAGAUCUGCGUUCAAGUAUUGCAGGCAUAAACGCAUUUUUGUUCUAGAAGUUUUAAAGACUGUAGAUGACGUUGUUGUGUUGUAUAAGCCUUUCAAACAUAAUAAAGAUGUCUUUUUAACAUAA